UAUAAAAGAGCCCCUCCUGGCUCUUCAGCCGCUAUCACCUGCUGUUCCUGUCUGACUCCUGCAGCGGUUGCACUGACUGGUGAGCAGGCCAGCAAAAUGUGUGCUGAGAAGUCUCCUGCAGAAAUGAAGAGCAUUUUUCAAAAAUAUGCAGCCAAGGAAGGCGAUCCGGACCAGCUCUCCAAGGAGGAGCUAAAGCUGCUGAUUCAGUCAGAGUUCCCCAGCCUCCUGAAGGCUUCAAGUACUCUGGACAAUCUCUUUAAGGAGCUGGAUAAGAAUGGCGAUGGAGAAGUUAGUUACGAAGAAUUCGAAGCUUUCUUCAAAAAGCUCUCACAAUGAACAAGUCAGGAAGAAGGAGUUCCAACAGCACCUACUGAUUGAACGCACGCUCUCCAAUCCUGAAGCUCUAGCUGUGCGAUUAUGAUACAUACUGUUAAUAAAGCAAGUUCGGAGACACGUCUCUCUUAUCAAGUACUGAGUCUU